CGCGACGGAGCGCCCGGACCUGCCAUGGGCUGAGACACGUCCUCGCCAAGCAGAACAUGCCUGGGUGACUCCCUCCCAGAUCUUCCUGGUGGCCUUCCUCGCCCUCCCCAGUGACACUAUGCAACCCCUGUGUGACCUGCGAGGCCUCUGGCUCCUGCUGCUGUCCUGGUUCCUGCUCCUCUUUGAGGUGGCCAGAGCUGGCCGGCCAGUGUUUAGCUGCCCUGCUGCCUGCCUAUGCGCUAGCAACAUCCUCAGCUGCUCCAAGCAGCAGCUGCCCAAUGUGCCCCACUCCUUGCCCAGAUACACCGCCCUGUUAGACCUCAGCCACAACAACCUGAGCCGCCUGCGGGCUGAGUGGACCCCUACACACCUUCCCUACCUGCACUCCCUGCUGCUGAGCCACAACCACCUGAACUUCAUCUCCUCGGAGGCCUUCUCCCCAGUACCCAAACUGCGCUACCUGGACCUCUCCUCCAACCAGCUGCGGACGCUGGACGAAUCCUUAUUCAGUGGGCUGCAGUCAUUGGAGGUGCUGCUGCUUUACAAUAACCAUAUCAUGGCAGUGGACCGCUCAGCCUUCGAGGAUGUGGCCCAGCUGCAGAAACUCUACCUAAGCCAGAACCAGAUCUCCCGCUUCCCUCUGGAACUGGUCAGGCUCCCCAAGCUGACACUCCUGGACCUCUCCUCCAACAAGCUAAAGAGCUUACCGCUGUCCGACCUGCAGAAGCUGCCCGCAUGGGUCAAGAAUGGGCUGUACCUGCAUAACAACCCUCUAGAGUGCAACUGUGAGCUCUACCAGCUCUUUGCACACUGGCAGCACCGGCAGCUGAGCCCCGUUGUGGACUUCCAGGAGGACCUGCACUGUGUGAGGGCCAAGAAGCUGCAGAGUGUCUUCAACCUCAACUGCAGCGAGUACAAGGAACGUGCCUGGGAGGCCCACCUGGGUGACACCUUGACCAUCCAUUGUGACACCAAGCAGCAGGAGAUGACUAAAGUGUGGGUGACACCCAGCAAUGAACGAGUGCUAGAUGUGGUGGCCAACAGCACAGUGAGAGUGUUUGAGAAUGGCAGUCUUCAUUUCCAGCGGGUGCAGGUCGAGGAUGAGGGUGUGUAUACCUGCUAUGCCAUGGGGGAAGCUUUCAAUGAGACACUGUCUGUGGAGUUGAAGGUGUACAAUUUCACCCAGCACGGACACCACGACACCCUCAACACAGCCUAUACCACCCUCGUGGGCUGUAUCCUCAGUGUGGUCCUGGUCCUCAUAUACCUGUACCUAACCCCUUGUCGCUGCUGGUGCCGGGGUGUCGAGAAGCCUUCCAGCCACCAAGGAGAUAGCCUCAGCUCUUCUAUGCUUAGUACCACACCUAACCACGAUCCUAUGGCUGGUGGGGACAAGGAUGAUGGUUUUGACCGGCGGGUGGCCUUCCUGGAACCUGCUGGACCCGGGCAGGAUCAAAAUGGCAAGCUCAAACCCGGCAACACCCUGCCGGUGCCCGAGGCGACAGGCAAGGGUCAGCGGAGGAUGUCAGAUCCAGAAUCCGUCAGCUCAGUCUUCUCUGAUACACCUAUUGUGGUGUGAGCAGGAUAGGUUGGUGGGGAGAUUCUGCCCCAGGAGAGGUAAUGCACCCCUGAAAGAUUUGAGGGGAUGGAAGAGAGGGCUGGCUGCCCAAGGGAGUGGGUUCCCCCUGGCCUGGAGAAUUGGUCACGGGUACAACAGAAGGCAAGACCCCAACCAUGGUGUGGCUGCCAUGAUUUUCAAAUAUGGAUAUAUCAGUCCUCAGAUGAAUGCUACACCCGUCCCCAAAGCCCUGGCAUUUGUCAAAGUGGUGAGGAGGAGGAGCGUGUCUGAGUUGGGUGGGAAUGAGGAAGGGUUGGGGGAACAGCAGACUCCCUAAACUUUUUUGAGGUCAUCCCUGGCUCCUUAAGAGAAACUCAUUUGUAGGGGGAAAUCAUUUUUUCUCUAUCUCUGCCCACCCACAUUUGUGAUGUUGGGUGUGUUGGGGGAGCUUCCACAGGAGCUAUAUGGGGGGAAAGCUCUAGUAUCUUCUCAGGCCAGGAAGUCACACUUCACAGCUGGGGAAAUUAGAAACCUUUGGCAAAAUGAGUUAGGAAAAAAUGGGAGAUCUCAAUCAAUAGCACUCCCCCAAGCUGCUGUGAGACUUCCCAUAAUGCCUUUGUUUUUCCCGAGGAGCCUCGCUUGUUGUCUGUCAGAGAUGGCAGUGAUGUGAGAUGAGGUAUUGUGCCCGGUCCUGGGAUCAGUGGCACAGAGGGGUUCACACCACAGCAUAGGUGCAGCACAAAACUUGUAGAUUGGGGAGUGAACUCCAGAUUGGCUCAUUUCCUGGUUGGUGAAAUUCUGGAUUAGCAUUGGGUUCUAGCACCCAUGUGUCAGGCCAGGGUGGGGGCUGCUGAAAGCAAAGCUUUUAUGGAUAGAUGCCUGCCCCAGACGUGGGAUGGAGGGCUACAAUACACGAAGACUAGAAGGGUACAUCAGUCUCACACAGGUAGCAUCCAGCUGGACCCACCUGACUUUCUGUGUAUACCAUCUCUUCAUUUAGUCUCCUUAGCAAGCUCAGGUGGGAUUCUGAAGUUUCCCUAGUAUGCUGCUCUGCGGAGGGUAGAGUCCUGAAAAGUCUGGCCCCAGCUAGGUUAGACUGGGCUUGGGGACACCGGGGGAACCAGUUAUGUACCUCCUGUGUUGACAAAGCUACCUUGCUUCGCUCAGAGAUCUCACUCCUGCUGCAAAGCCAAAGCAUGGGAUUCCAUCAGCCGAGGGGUUGGAAUUGUGUGAUCUUUGCCCCAGAAUGGCAUUUUGGAGUGUGGCUUAGACUUCUGUAUCUCCACAAGGUUCCAGGCAGUCUUGUAACAGAGACAGCCAGUGGCACUAAACUUUCCGAAGGGAAGCUCUGCCACCCCCAGCGCUUUCAGCCUGAGGUCUGUGCACUUGUGGUCGGCAGACCAGAGGAACUUAAGAACAGGCCAAUAUUCCAUUCCAUCCAAGGUUACAGAGUACUUUAGUAUGGAGAUAGACACUCCCUCAAACUUCUCCCUUUGACUAGUGGAAGCCCUGGGAGACGGCUGCUCUAGGCUUUGUCAAGGGCAUGAGCAGGGCAGAGGUAAAAGUGUUCUCUGAUGUUGGUCUUUUUCAGUCUGUCCCCUCUCUCUUACCAAGUUCCUUGUCCAGUGGAAGUUCUCCAGAUCUUCUGACCUGUUCCUUAGAUUCCAAGAGGUGUUGUUUACCUGUGGGUGAGGGCUGCUUGCUAGGAAGGCCUGACUCCCGCAGCCUGUUAAGAUUGGGGAAGGGGACUGGGAGGUCAAGGCUGCUGUCCAUCCUUUCUUAGCACCCAGUUUUGUUGAGAGGUGCAAUGUUUCCCUCAAGUACUUGCAUGCUCAUAGGUACGCAUGCUUCUAGGUAUGCAUGCACACCACACCUUGACUCCCAUCAAGACAGUGAUUCUUCAGUCCCCACUACGAUCCAUUUCAGAAUGGUCUCCACCUAUGUGCACAACUUCAGGCACACAACUUUCUUGCCCUGUAGGAGACAGUGAUCAUGCCAGGCUCCCCAAAUAAACUCUUGUACUUUUAAUUAAUUCUGGACUCUCUGAAGCUUCACCCACAUCUCCAUGGCACCAAAUAACUUCUCUGCAAGGCCUGGAGUUAGGAGAACCACAGGCUGAGGACCAUGGGAGAAGGGGUGGUGAGGAGCUAGCCAGUUCUUCAGACCCUCAGAAACCUUCCUUGGAUUAAAGACAAUAGAUGAGACAUAGUGUACAAUUAGGUCAAGGAAGGACCCAGAGGAAACUGGCAGGGGACCAAGCAGCUUUCAGUUGCUCUUCCUUUUAUCUGCCCUGGUAAAACGGGCAAGGGGGUAAAUUUGUCUGGUUAAGUUCCGGAGGCCUGUGGGGAUUUUGUUACUGGAGCUGGAAGAACCAGGACUCCCUGCUCACUUCCCAGGGAGCCUGGGGAAAAUCUCAUCUCUGUGCUGGAGUGUCCCCUCCAGGAGCUAUCUAGGGCGCUGAAAAUCUUAAGUGAGUAUCAAAUGAAGCAGGCCUAGGGCUUUCUAGCCGAGUUCCUGAGGACUAAGGAGGGCCAUUUUCUUCAGCAGUCCUACCCAAGUUGGGGAAUAAGAAAAGGCCCCGAGCCCGGCCAGUGUGGAUCAGUGCUCGAGGGUCAACCCAUGCACCGA